GUUACACCUAGGAGAAUAGUAUAAGCUAAUGUAUUGGCUUCACAAUAUUUUUCAUCACAAAAUAUAGGCCAAACUAUACUCUUUUCAGAAUGAAGACUUUGCUCGUGAUCACCGCUUUCAUGGCUCUGGUCAUGAGAAUCAUUCUGUCUCAAGAUGAGAAAGAUGACGAAUUUCAAGUCUGGAAAAAAAAGUUUGGUAAGACUUAUAAAUCUGUAGAGGAGGAAAAUUGGCAUAAGAAUACUUGGCUGAAAAAUCUAAAGCUGGUCAAGGAUCACAACAAGCUGGCUGACCAGGGUAUUAAGAGCUACAAACUCAGCAUGACCUACUUUGCAGACAUGAAUGACCAGGAGAACAACGUGUCUAAGGGCUGCCUACCCUUCAACAGACCCAAACAACACAAUGCAGCUGCAUUUCUCCGACAGACAAGAGGAGCUGCUCUUCCAAAAUCUGUGAAUUGGACCAAAAAUGGCUAUGUAACUGGGGUUAAAGACCAGAAGAAUUGUGACUCUUGCUGGGCCUUUAGUGCGACAGGGGCAUUAGAGGGACAAAUAUUUAAGAAGACUGGGAAACUGGUGUUACUUAGCGAGCAACAGCUGGUGGACUGCUCUACACAAUCUGGGAACAAAGGCUGCAAGGGUGGCCAGAUGAACUUGGCUUUUAACUAUGUGAAAGAAAAUAAUGGACUAGCCACAGAGGAAUCCUACCCUUAUGAGGCUACGGAUGGGGAAUGCAGGUUUAAUUCAGCCACUGUUGGAGCCACCUGCACUGGCUAUGUGGACAUAAACAGUAGUGAUGAGAACGCUUUGCAGGAAGCUGUAGCCACCAUUGGACCCAUUUCUGCUGCCAUAGAUGCAAACCAUACUUCCAUCUACCUCUAUGAAUCAGGUGUUUAUGAUGAACCUGAAUGUAGCCGCAUUUGCCUGAGUCAUGGUGUCCUUAUUGUUGGUUAUGGCACUGAAAAUGGAACAGAUUAUUGGCUGAUCAAGAACAGCUGGGGUACUGACUGGGGAGAAAAAGGCUACAUCAAGAUGUCCAAGAACAAGGAUAACCAGUGUGGUAUCGCUACAGCAGCCAGCUAUCCUCUGGUUGCCAAUAAAACUCCAUGUGUUCAGUGUGGGGCUUGCUCUACUGUCUUUGUACUGGCAUGCUCAUUUUUGGGCAUGUUUUACUAAGUGUGUAAAUAAAAAAAAUGGAAAAAAUACUAAAAAUGUCAAGCUGGAGGUCUUGGUUGUAGUCUUGGCCGUUAAGGAAUCUUCAUUCCAACUGCACUGUACUGAGCUGCACAGACUGAGCUGUUAGACAGGAGGUGUUGUAGAAAAAGUGUUUCGAAGCCAUGCUAUAACAAGAGAGUUCUUCCUUUAUGUUUAAACUAAUAUAGCACAAGGGCUUGUAAUACAUGUCUGGCUUUGGUUUCAAAAGGUUGCAUGAAAAAAAAAACUGUAAUAAAUUUUUAUUUAAAGGAAAUCUGCUUUGAUUUGCAAAUCUUGCUGAACUUGCUGUUGAAUUUAAUUAAAACAUAUUUGUUAAAAAAAAGUUUGUGUAGUUCCAAGAGACAAGUUAUUCCAGAGAAUUAUUAAUUUUUAAUCAUUAAUUAAUUGGACAAAGGCAUUCCAUGAGCACUGACAUGUUUAAUUCUAUGUAUCGCUAUUGUGUGUUUUUGGUUCUCAAGAAGGUUUUUAUAACUGUGACUUCCUUCCUGACAAUGGUGCUAAAAUAAAAUUAAAACCUAGAAAGUG